GCCAGCAGCAGCAGCAGCAGCAGCAGCAGCUCAUUCUGCACAUGAGAAGCUGAGACAAUGGCAACGCACAACACCACCCAGCGUCUCCUCCGGGAACUGAAGGACUACACCAACAACCCCAAUGAAGCUCUUCUGCAUCUCGGGCCCAUCGAAGAGGAUGAUCUCCUCCACUGGGAAGCCGUCCUGAAAGGUGUGAAGGGCACUCCAUACGAAGGCGGCCUCUGGUCCCUCCACAUCACCAUUCCCCCAUCCUACCCGCUUACCCCGCCCACCAUCCGCUUCACCACCCGCAUCAGCCACCCCAACAUCUCCUUCACCACCGGCGAGAUCUGCCUCACCCUCCUGACGACCGAGCACUGGAGCCCCGUCUACACCCUCUCCUCGACCCUCACCGCCAUCCACCAGCUGCUGACGGAUCCGCGCCCGGAAUCGCCGCUCAACGUCGACGUCGCCGCCCUGCUGCGCGACGGCGAUAUCCCCGCGUGGGAGAGUGUGGUGCGGUUCUGGACGGAGGAGGAGCGGUGGGUGCCGAAGUAGACAAUAUACCGCGUGGACUGAGGGAGGUUGUUUGGGGUAUAUACUCGUUGGUCAGGAGGUGAGAGGCUAGGUUGAAGGAUCGCACCAUGCAAACCGAGAUGCGGCGCGUCUUUCUGGAUCAUCAAACCGUGUCCGUUCCGGGUGAGGGGACACAAAGAGAUAAGAGGGAGGGGAUUAUCACCAUGUCUAUACCUACAUCUACACCUAUCUAUACUGUUGUUUAUUAUUCGGUAGGUUUGUACAGAGCUAGCUACUAGGUAGGUACCUAGCUAGCCUACCCAUCACGUGCAAAGUGACAGCAAGCAAGUAGGGCAAGUCAUUUUACCACAUUAGAG